AAUGAAGUCAAGCAACGAGGACCAGGAUAACGGCUAUCCAAACGUCUCGCCACAUGAGUCGACUCAACCGGAGCAGCAUUCAAAAGGGAAAGCUAUGGAGAGCGACCAGGCAGCUAUGCCGCACACAGAGGCAUCCGCGCUUCAAGCAAUCGAGAACGUCGCGAAAGGAGUAAAGACGGUGGUCACAGAGGCUGUCGCUUGGGUGGAGGACAAGGCUGGCGAGAUGACAGAGAAGCAAGAAGAUACCGGCCCAUACUCUUCUCUAGCGACCUGCGCCCCAAGUGAUCUCGAUGUGAUCGCUACUGGGGUCUUGCCUGCCAUGCCUGCCGAGGGAUCAGAAAGCGACACAAAGUCAAAGGGUGGCAAGCAGGACAAGGUGCACAGGAAUUAGGGAUGCAACAGCUAUGGCUAAGCUAUGAUUGAAGUUAUUAGCUGGUGUCCUCGAGCCAUCUCCUGGAUACGCCUGGUGCUCAUGAAUGGGCCUAUGCACGAACAUCGUACGGCUACUUGCGUCGGUACGAGGCCAUGACGAUUGAUGGGAUCUGACACGACGUAAGGUCGUACGGUUAACAUAAACAAAUGGAUAAAGUUGCUUCUCAUAAGAAACCUCACGUAACUCGGUCUUUGCUCACCUCGAGACCGCAUCU